UUCAACUUUCUCAGAAACAAGAAAAAUUCACAGAAAAUCCGAAGAAAAAAAAAUGGCGGAUCAGCUUACCGAUGACCAGAUCUCCGAGUUCAAGGAAGCUUUCAGCCUCUUCGACAAAGACGGCGAUGGUUGCAUCACUACAAAGGAGCUUGGGACUGUGAUGAGAUCACUUGGGCAGAACCCAACAGAAGCUGAGCUUCAGGACAUGAUCAACGAAGUAGAUGCAGAUGGGAACGGGACAAUAGAUUUCCCGGAGUUCCUGAACCUAAUGGCACGGAAGAUGAAAGACACUGAUUCAGAGGAGGAGCUUAAGGAAGCCUUCAGGGUUUUUGACAAGGACCAGAACGGUUUCAUCUCGGCAGCUGAGCUUCGUCACGUGAUGACAAAUCUUGGGGAGAAGCUGACGGAUGAGGAAGUCGAUGAGAUGAUCCGAGAGGCUGAUGUCGACGGUGAUGGUCAGAUCAACUAUGAAGAGUUCGUCAAAGUCAUGAUGGCAAAGUGAGAAUCUUCUUAUCCCUCGAAAACCUUAAGUCUGUUUAUUUAUUUUCGUCUUUAAACUGAGAAAAGUAAUUUAUUGAACCAAAAGAAACAGAGAGAUUUGCUUCGUUGUUUGUUUUGUUGGUCGUAAUUUUUUGGUAAUGUUGCUUCUUCUUUAUUUGAUUGCUUCUUCAUUCAUCUUUGGUUUUGUUAUGUCCGUGAAGUUUGAACUCA